UUUUGCCAUAGGGACGUGCAGUAACCGUGAACAUUUUAAUUCGCCUUGUUCACUCCUUUCCAUCGAAUCCACGGUAACAAACCGUCAUCAAACUUGCUACAUUCCUCCCCCGUGAAACAAGCACAAAUUAAACCAUGACGGACCAACUUACAGAGGAGCAGAUUGGUGAAUUCAAGGAGGCAUUCUCCUUAUUCGACAAGGAUGGCGACGGCACCAUCACCACCAAGGAGCUUGGAACAGUCAUGAGAUCACUGGGUCAGAAUCCCACCGAGGCUGAGCUGCAGGACAUGAUCAAUGAGGUCGAUGCUGACGGUAACGGCACGAUUGAUUUCCCAGAGUUCUUGACGAUGAUGGCUCGCAAGAUGAAGGAGACAGACUCAGAAGAAGAAAUCAGGGAAGCCUUCAGAGUCUUCGACAAAGACGGCAACGGUUUCAUCAGUGCUGCCGAGCUCCGCCACGUGAUGACCAAUCUUGGUGAGAAGCUUACAGAUGAAGAGGUUGAUGAGAUGAUCAGAGAGGCAGACGUAGACGGGGAUGGACAAGUCAAUUACGAAGAAUUUGUGAACAUGAUGACUGCCAGGUAGACCAGUACGCAUCGAAUUCUACGCAGACGUUCCAAGAUGAGAAGUAUUCACUUUGCAGACCUCAUCACUUUUUUGGUUUUAGUGAGACCAGGACCAAGCCAUUGUUUCUAUACAUCUCGUUUAAUGGGGGUUUACUUUCUUUUAAGGCCAAAUAAAAAUAUGUUUAGCGUCCCCGCCUGCUUCCUUUUUAGAGGCCUUUUUUAAAAACGCACACAAUUUUAACGAAAAAAUAAAUUUUGAAAUUAGCCCAGUCGGUUAUGUUUAAAAAUGUGUCGGGCGCCCAUUUUGAAAAGAAAAAAGACCUUCCUUCUUUCUUUUUUCAAAAAGGCAGGACGCUAAAGAUGUUUUUAUGUUUUGCUUUAUACCGUUGUAAAAUGUUGGCCUACCCAAGUGCAUAAGGUUUUACAAUGCAUUCUGGGAAGGAUUGGAAGCAAUAGUAUGCAAUUGAGCAUUCGACAAGUCUUUGAAUUUUUGUUCCUGUGUACAAAAUGACACUAUCGAAAUAUAAAGUGUUUUUAAGAAUCAAGCCAAAAUAAGAUACCAAAGUUAUCUUACCUUGGUAGGCAUAUAGUAAUAGUUUUUAAGAAGGUAAAAAGAGACGAUUAUGUUAAAGUACUCUUGUUUUGAAUAAAGUUAUAUUACUGAAAAAGGAAA